AUGACCAAGCUUAGAAUCCCAUGGGGCCGCAAAUCAUCAACUGACCCCUCUACCAAUGAACUUGAUGCUGAAGUCAAGAAGCAAAAUCGCCAAUCAUUCUCAGGGUUGAGGAGUCUCAUCAAUUGGGACACGGAAACUCCAAUGGAGCAAAACCAGUCUACCACGUCGGCUCCCAAUGGGAGCAACAACAAGGUGCAGGAAGUGUCCCAGCUGAUUUCUCUGGCAAAAAAGAUCGGCGCCGAGGCUGAGAAGCUGGAGGCCUAUCUCAAGGAUAACGGUCUACCUGAUCCUAGCUUCGGAGUCGAUGCGCCGGGAGACUUCCCAAAGUUAUCCGAAGAGGCGCAGAGGAGCCGGUUGGAGAUUGUGCAUGCGACCAAGGAGCUCGGAGACCUCGUCAGAGGCCCGAGAGAGAAUGUUCGUUGGGGAGUUUGGAGCUUCCUUGAUACCCUCAGCCUUCAGGUUGUCAACAACUAUGGUAUCGCAAAGCUUGUGCCUCUCGAUAAGUCCAUUGCUCUUGCAGAGCUUCAGACCAAGACCACUUUGGAUCCGGUCAACCUCGCGCGAAUACUAAGGCACAGCAUGACGAAUCAUGUUUUCUGCGAGCCAACCCCUGGUUUCAUCGCCCAUACAGCCUCCUCACGUCUGCUCGCUCAAGAUGGCCCCCUUCAGGACUGGGUAGGCUUCAACUCUGAGGAUAUCUUCCCUGCAGCUGCCAGCGUGCUGUCGGCGAUCAAGACGCAUCCAGAGGCGACAUCACUCACGCGGACUGGUUUCAACGUGGCCUUCGACACUGUGGACAAGGAGCCUAUGUUCGCGACUUUUGGCAAGGACCCAGUCCGAGCAAAGCGUAUGGGCGGCGCAAUGGCCAGCUUGACAGGAGGUGAAGGGUAUGAAGUCCAACACUUUGUCGACUCAUACGACUUGAGCGAGAUUGACCAGAAGGCUGGGGUGUUGGUUGAUAUCGGCGGCAGUCACGGGUUUGUCUGCACGGACUUGGCCAAAAAGUGGAAGAAUAUGAAGUUUGUGGUUCAAGACCUGGCCAAAACCGUCGACAGCGCCCCAAAGCCGAUAUCAGACGAUGAGAGCGUGGCUGAGAGGGUCGAGCUGCAAGCGCACGAUUUCUUCCAAGAACAACCCGUCAAGAAUGCUGAUGUAUACUUCUUCAGAUGGAUCAUGCAUAAUUAUUCGACCCCUUACGCCAUCAAACUCCUCAAGAACCUUGUACCUGCCUUGAAGCCAGGGGCCCGCGUCGUUAUCAACGAUCAUUGCCUUCAGGAGCCUGGAACCGAGAAUCCCUGGGACGAGAAGCUGAUGCGCAGCAUGGACAUGGUUAUGCUGUGCCUCCUCAAUGCACAAGAGAGAACUGAGGACGAAUUCCGCGAACUAUUCCGCGCUGCUGAUGAACGCUUUGUCUUCAAGGGGGCAAGUCGUUCUCCGGGAUGUAGGAUGAGCGUUAUUGAGGCCGUAUGGAACCCCGAACCCGUGGAGGUGGAGGAGAUGUAG